AUGUCGAAGUAUCCACCAGCAGGAGGAAGUGGUCCCACCAUCUUACCACCUAUACAUGCCGAAUCCAAACGAGAUAGGAAGAGGAGGGAGACCGUCAACAAGAUUGAAAUGCUACAUGAUGAAAGUUGGAGGAAUAGAGAUGAGAAAUUCUCAGCAUUAUAUAAAGAAUAUCAUCUCGAAAACAAAUCAGUCAAUUCACAACCUCCAACAUCAGCGAAAUACCUCUUGAGGGUGUAUCCUAUAUCAAUCGAGAGAGAUGCGUUGUUGGAAGCUGCCGAAAUAGAAUAUCAGUAUAAAGCCGGUCAAGCUAAGAAGAUGUACGAGUCGGAGAGAGAAUCGAUCGAAGCUCAAUAUUGGGAUGCCCGCGAUCAAGUUCGUCAGAGGUUGUUAGCUGCAGUAGAAGAUAGGAGGAGGAAGUUGAGAGAAGAGAAAGAAGGUGGGGAUGUCGUGACGGAUACCCUCCUCGAAGCUCAAAUCCGACCACGUCCCACCCGUAAACUCCCUUUCCGGAAUCGCUCGACUUCCGCCCUCGCCUCACGCGGUGAAACUCCACUUAACAGUAAUCCCACUCCCCCAACUACCAAUAACAAAGAUGAAAAUACCAAUGGGGUCAAAUCUAGUGACAUACUCUUACAUUCCCUCCUUUCACCUUCACUGGCAAUCAUCUCCACAGACGAUAUCAUAUCCUCUUCGUCAAGUUCACUCGUCGUUCAUCCGCCAAUCAACGGUACUUUAGCUUACACCGCUCAACAACCGGGUAAAAGAGGACCGAGGGGUAAGAACGCUUUGGCGGCAGGGGAUAAUGGCGAUACGAUCAAAGAUGGUUUAAAUGCUCCUGGUACAGCCACAGCAUUAGGUAUAGCUUCAGGACAAGUUGCCAAUGGUGCUGGACCCAGGUCUAGAGGUGUAGGAGGUACAAGAGAUCAGGCGUUGACUUUAGGUAGAAGUUUGGCGGAUCUAAGUAAGAUGACGCCCGCGAGUCAGUUGGAGGUGGAUAGUGAUUGGGCGAGAAUGCAGGGUAAUGGAGGGAGAGUAAGGAGAACGAGAGGUGAUUAA